AUGGAUCCCAGUAAGGAGAGACUCCUGGACGAGGAGAAGACACGUCGAUCCUACGAUAGGGAUUCCGAAGAUGGAUCCGACAUCGAUGCGACCGAUUACCUGCCACGCGAGGAACAGAAUCAGUCCUCCUUCCCUAGGCCCGCCUUCUUGUCCGGCAAACGCAUUGGGCCUGUAGAAGCGCUCAAGAACUGUUUCCGUGGCCGCUCAAGGCUAUGCUGGGCUCUCGCUGGUGUCAUCUUCGUCAUGUGGGUUGUCAUUAGCGCCGGAGGAGCUGUCAUGUUCAAGAAGUUCAAGAGUCCUCCUCCUACAGGCCUGUCGCCACCAUGGUACCCUGCUCCGAAAGGUGGAAUAUCCAAAAACUGGGCAGAGAGUUACAAGAAGGCUGGGGAGAUGGUCGCCAAGAUGACAUUGCCUGAAAAGGUGAACGUUACGACUGGAACAGGCUGGAUGAUGGGUCUGGCUGUCGGCACCACCGGUCCUGCUGUUCAUGUCGGCUUUCCGCAACUUCAGCUGCAAGAUGGUCCGCUUGGUCUUCGCUUCGCCGAUAACGCAACUGCACUACCCGCAGGUGUUACUGUCGGCGCUACCUGGAACAGGGAGUUGAUGUACCAACGUGGCAAGGCGCACGGCGCGGAGGCGCGAGGCAAGGGAAUUAACGCCUUGCUUGGCCCCUGUGUCGGACCUCUCGGUCGUAUGCCUGCUGGCGGUCGCAAUUGGGAGGGCUUUGGCUCCGACCCUUACCUGCAAGGUAUUGCUGCCGCCGAGACCAUUAAGGGUAUCCAAGAGGAAGGCGUCAUGGCAACCAUUAAACAUUUCGUUGCCAACGAGCAAGAACAUUUCCGCCAGAGCUGGGAAUGGGGCCUGCCCAACGCCAUUUCUAGCAACAUUGAUGACCGAACCAUGCACGAGCUCUAUGCCUGGCCCUUCCUUGAUGCCGUCAAGGCCGGCGUUGCCAGUGUCAUGUGCUCCUACAAUCAAAUCAACAACUCAUACGGCUGCGAAAACUCCAAGCUUCUCAAUGGAAUUCUGAAGGACGAAAUGGGUUUCCAAGGUUUCGUCAUGUCAGACUGGCUCGCCCAGAGAUCCGGUGUUGGAAGUGCCUUGGCUGGCCUUGAUAUGACUAUGCCUGGUGACGGACUGUUUUGGGCGGAUGGCAAGUCUCUCUGGGGCCCUGAGCUUACCAAGGCGGUCAUGAACGGCUCAGUGCCGAUUGACAGACUUGAUGACAUGGCCGUCCGAAUUGUUGCUUCGUGGUAUCAGCUGGGUCAGGACGACAAGAAGAAGUUUCCCAACGAGCUUCCUAACUUCUCCUCGUGGACCGAUGACAAGAUGGGAGUGCUCGCACCGGGAAGCAAAACCCCACAGGAAGAAACUGAGGUAAACAAGUACGUCAACGUCCAAGCCGAUCACGCCGAUAUCGCACGCCGUGUUGCCGCCGAAGGCAUUGUUCUUCUCAAGAACGAAAACGUGCUGCCCAUUAGCAGAGAGGGUUUCAUCGACGCCAAGCGCAAGCGUCACGAAGGUAAGCUGAAGAUUGGUAUCUUCGGUGAGGACGCCGGCCCUGGCAAUGGCCCCAAUUACUGCAAGGAUCGUGCUUGCAACCAAGGUACCCUAGGCUCGGGAUGGGGCAGCGGAGCUGUCGAGUUCCCCUACCUUGUGCCUCCAGUCGAAGCCCUCAAGAAAGGCUUCAAGGCCGACAAGGUUGAGCUCUCGGAAUUUCUGACCAACUCGCCUCCGUUCAAAAAGGAUCCAUCGAUCUUGAACGACAAAGAUAUCUGCAUCGUCUUCGCCAACGCCGACUCCGGCGAAGGUUUUGUCGCUUGGGAGGGCGUCAGCGGAGACCGCAAUGAUCUCAAACUACAGAAGGGAGGCGAUGAUCUCAUCCUCCAGGUUGCUGAUAACUGCGGCAAGGGCGGCGCCGGUAAUAGUGUGGGCGGUGAUACAAUCGUUGUGAUUCACUCCGUCGGCCCGGUUGAAAUGGAGCGUUGGAUCGAACACCCCAGCAUCAAAGCCGUGCUUUAUGCCAACCUGCCUGGCCAGGAAAGUGGAAACGCUCUUGCCGAUGUCAUCUUUGGCGAUGUUAACCCCAGCGGCAAGCUCCCUUACACUAUCGCCAAGUCCUUGAAGGAUUAUGGCCCUGCCGGUCAAAUCUUGUAUCUGCCAAAUGGCGUUGUGCCCCAGCAAGACUUCUCCGAGGGUUUGUACAUCGACUACCGACACUUUGACAAGAAGGGUAUCGAGCCCCGGUUUGAGUUUGGAUUCGGAAAGUCGUACACGACAUUCAGUUUCUCCAACGUCGUCGUUGAGGAGGUGAAGCCCAAGUCGAAGCUGCCCACCUCUCGUCCGGCACCAGCUGCUGAGCCACCCAAGUUCAGCAACAAACUCCCUGAUCCAAAGGAGGUGUUGUUUCCUGAAGGGUUCCGUAAACUGGACAAGUACGUCUAUCCGUACCUGGACUCGACAGACGAGAUUGUGACGGGACCUUAUCCUUACCCCGACGGAUACCACACCGAGCAGCCUCUGUCCGAAGCUGGUGGUGAAGAAGGCGGAAACCCCGACCUUUGGGAAACGUACGUGACCGUCAAGGCCGAGGUCACCAACACUGGCGCGGUCGCCGGAAAGGUGGUCCCUCAACUGUACCUCUCCUACCCGAAGAACGUUCCCAAUGUGGACUUCCCUGUCAAGGUGCUUCGUGGGUUUGACAAGUUCAACUUGGAGAAGGGCGAGAAGAAGACUGUCACUUUCAACCUCACGCGUCGUGAUCUCAGCUACUGGGAUACCGACGAGCAAAACUGGGUGAUGGUUACGACCGGACAAUACUCCUUCCUGGUGGGUGAGAGUUCGAGGCAGCUAUCCAAUGUGGGGAGCUGGUAA